GCGUCUGUCUUUUCUGUCUUUGUUCCUCUGCUCCCCUGGGGUCAGACCAACUAUUACUCAGAGUAUGUACGCACAUGGCUCCAUCAUCCCAUGCCAUCCCGGGCUUGGAACGACACACCACACACUGACAUCUCCACGGCUUGCACUCCCCUGGACCGACACUAAAAUACCAAUGCCCUUCCUUGGCUUCCCUCACCCGGAUAUGACGUCGCCGGCCCCAGACUCGCCGGCUUCCUUGCCCUCUCAUACGUGCGCUUAACACGAGACGACAACCACCGCAGGUAAUUUGCAGCCUUUCAAGGCUGAUAUGGCUUCAUCGCCGUCUGCCGAUACAUGUAGCCUUGCUUUUCGCGCGUCGGGCCACGCCUAAAUGCCCUCCUUCGAAGACGCCGCAACGUAUGCUUUCCACUCCGCUGUCCUACCUAGUUCUUGGAACAAACCAAGCGUCGGUGGAGUCGCCUUGUGUAUUUUCUUCCUUCCAAGGCUCGCCUCGGUGCUAGUUGUCAGUUUCCCGUGUGUUGCGUUCGGCUACGCUGACGGUUGCAUCGUUGUAUAUAAUCGUUGGCCUCCCCCUUCACCCUGUCCGGGUUCCUUUCUCAUGUCGUCGAUCCGGCCUCGGUUCAUCUGCUUCUGCCAGCAUCUUCGUCUUCGCCCGUCAUGUAUCGCAUCUACAACAUCUACGCGCUCGCCGCCAUUGGCACCAUUGGCGGUAUGCUUUUCGGCUUCGACAUCAGUUCCAUGAGUGCCUGGAUUGGUGCCGACUCCUACAAGGAAUACUUCGGCUUCCCGAGCUCCACUUUGCAGGGAGGUAUCACGGCCUCAAUGUCCGGUGGCUCUCUCGUCGGCGCUCUGGUCGCAGGUUUCAUUGCCGACUGGUGGGGCCGCCGUGGCGCCCUCAAGCUCGCCUCCGUCAUCUGGAUCAUCGGUGCCGUACUCCAGUGCUCUUCCCAGAACGUCGGCCACCUCAUCGCCGGCCGAGUCGUUAGUGGUCUCGCCAUCGGCAUCACCAGUUCGCAGUGCUGUGUCUACCUCGCCGAGCUAGCCCCUUCCCGAAUCCGCGGCCGCAUCGUCGGCAUCCAGCAAUGGUCCAUCGAAUGGGGCAUCCUGAUCAUGUACCUCAUCUCGUACGCCUGUGUCGUCACCAUCGACAGCCCCAAGGCUUUCCGCAUCGCCUGGGGCGUCCAGGGCAUUCCCGGUCUCAUCCUUGGCGUUGCCCUCUUCUUCUUCCCCGAGUCUCCCCGUUGGCUGGCCCAGAAGGACCGCUGGGAGGAGUGCCAUGAGGUCCUCGCCCAUUUGCAUGCCGGCGGUGAUCGCGAUGCGCCCGUUGUACUCGCCGAGCUCGACGAGGUCAAGGACGCCGCCCGCAUUGCCUCCGAGUCCAAAAACAUUGGUGUCCUGGGUCUCUUUGGUCCUCGCGUUUGGAAGCGCACCCUGGCUGGAUGCAGUGUCCAGGUCUGGCAGCAGCUUCUCGGAGGAAACGUCAUGUUGUACUACCUCAUCUAUAUCUUCAACAUGGCUGGCAUGACUGGCAAUACUGCCCUGACCUCGUCCAUCAUCCAAUACGUCAUCUUCCUGGUUACGACCGGCGCUAUUCUGCCCAUCAUCGACCGCCUCGGUCGUCGUCCUCUCCUCAUCGGCGGUGCCAUCAUCUGCUGCAUCAUCCACUUCACCACCGGUGCCGUUAUGAAGGUCCACGGCAACCCCGUCGACGAAGUGGACGGCGAUGAGAACCUGAAAUGGGCCAUCUCUGGUGCCCCAGCCCAGGGUGUUAUUGCCCUUUGUUACAUCUUUGUUGGUGUCUACGGCCUCACCUGGGCCCCUAUCGGCUGGAUCUACGCCUCAGAAGUGUUCCCCCUCAAGUACCGCGCCACCGGUGUUGGUUUCGCCGCCGCCUGCAACUGGGCUUUCAACCUCGCCCUUGCCUUCUUCGUCCCGCCCGCCUUCACAAACAUCCAGUGGAAGACGUACAUGAUCUUCGGCACCUUCUGCGCCGCCAUGACGGUGCACAUCUUCUUCACCUAUCCCGAGACCUCCGGCAAGACUCUCGAGGAGAUUGACGCCCUGUUCGACUCCAACGUCCCAGCCUGGCGCACCAGGAGCGCCGGUGUGCGCUUUGAGGACCGUGUUGCCGCUGCCGAGAGCAAGAAGAAUGGUUUCAACGCCACUCAUGUCGACCAGGUGGAAGUUUAAAUGUUUGGAGAUGAUGUGGCCGCGAGCAAUGGAUUGUUAUCCCGACGUAGCGAUACCCACUCUCCCUCCUCUCCUUACUGCCAAUUAAUAUGAAUAAUGUCGCAAGUA